AUGAAUCAACCAGUGGGUCCCAUGAAUCCACCACCGCCCGACCAAAGGCCUCAACAUCCAUUGUUUACCCCCUUCCAGGCCAAUUAUCAAUUCACAUCGGAUGAGCUUCGCGUCUUCCGUGAAUGUAAUACCGAGUCAUUCUUUCAACGUUCCCUACCAUUGGGCACCACAUUUGGUGUGGCUGCCUUUUUGGGUGUGAAGCAAGGUUUCCUAGCGCCGAACAUACGUUACGGAGCUGCACCCAAAGUAAUAUUGGGUGUGAUUGUUGGUUAUUUCUUGGGCAAAUUUAGUUAUCAACAAAAAUGUGCCGAGAAAAUUAUGGCAUUACCCAAUUCACGAUUGGCUGAGAUACUAAGACAGCGUCAAAGUCAACGUGGCGGUGGUUCGGGUUUCCUGAAUCCAGAUCAGAGUAUUGGUAUGGGUAUGACAUUGGGUCAGUUCAGUCCCAACACCACUGAUGUUUACAGUGAUGAACAUUUGCAUCCCGAUGCCAGGGGUAAUGCUUUGAAUUUGGAUACAGAAUCAAGGCCACAAUUUGCUGGUUUGGAUGAUAUUUAUAGGCCAAGUUUGGAUACUCCCAGCACAACCCAUGUGGAUCCAGAUAUCCCUUUGGAACCAGUUAAACCCGGCAUGACCUAUGAUGAGUUGCGCAAACGCAAUCGUGAGGAUUAUCUUAAGAAACAACAGAAUCCCUAUUCACAACCCUUACCGCCAGAGGCUCCGGUGGUUAUGCGUGCCACACCCCAAAGACCACCCUCGGCCAGUGAUGAUAGACCCAUGAAAAAUAUGCAAACCAAUAAAUAUGGAGAUGCCUGGUCGGAAUAA